AUGGUUCCAAAAAAUGAUUUUAUUGGGCACAAAAUGAGUGCACAUAGAAGUUAUUGUGGGCAAGCCAAAAAAAAAUGGCGAAAAAUUCUGUAUGAACGUCAACCAUUUGAUGAUGAAUAUAGUGGUGGCAGCGAAUUUUUAAAAGAGCUAAAAACUAACAUAACGGUUGUUGAAUAUACAUUUGUGGAAGCAGUAUGUGGUGCUAGUCGCGUCAUGUUGCACUCAAAUGCUAUUGUUUUCUAUUAUUUGAUAUUUUAUUCUAUUACUAAUAACUCAAUAAGUACUACUCAACACUUCGCAUUGAUAUUUAGUGCUGCCUUAUUAUUAUAUAUCAUUUAUCUUUAUGUGAUAAGACCUACAAAUCUUCAGGAUCACAUUUAUACCUUUGUUUCUCUUGUUUGCUUUGGUUAUAUGUUAACACCAGUUAUCAGAACUCUAACAGAUACGAUCAGUACAGACACUAUAUAUGCAAUGUCCAUUAUACUCUUUCUUAUAAGCUUUAUCUUUCAUGAUUAUGCAAUGGUCGCACCACUGGUUUCAAUGAUUUUAUCAGUGAAUCUUUCGUUGGCAGCUUCAGUUUGUUUAGUCUCACGGGUACCUUCUAAUGAAUCAGCAUUUAAUCUUCUAGCACUUUCGGUUUUGCUUUUCUCAUAUUGGCCGGAAAUGCGCAAUAUGUUGUAUCGGAGAUGGCCAAAAUCAUCAUUAUUCUUAUUGCUCUCUUCAUCACCAGUUUUAUUUAUCGCACUCAAUCAAAUUUCUCAGUCCCUCAGUGUUUUGUAUAUUUUUAUGAAAUUCGAGAAGUUGGAAGAAUGUAAGAUUUAUUUUGAUAGAAGAAAUAUUUUCAGCACUAAACAUGGUCCUUGGGAUGAAGCAAUUACAACGUUUCAACAUUAA